UGACUCUGAAGGAAGAUGGACUCCCUGAUGACAACUUUAAAAUACCAACAGUAGCCAGAGGGCUGUAACUGCCUGACAGCGAUUAUUUAACGAAAAAUGGUAAUCUCGUUUUUACCGCGUCGAGUGUUGCCAACGUUUUGAUGAGCUUUAGCGGGUUAACGUUAGCUAAGCAGCUAGCAUGAAGUCGCUGCUUCUUGUUUACUUCCAGUCCUGAUGAUGACGGGCCCGGAGAGGUGUGUUAGCUAAACCCACAUACACGACCUGUUUGCUGGGGAGUUGUCCUCCCAAAGCCCGCUGUGUCAGGACCGGGGUCAAACUGCUGCCACCUCGAGGUGAUGGAGGUGUCCCCUCAGGAUCCCGUCUCUCAUGGCUAUGGACCUGUCAAAGGGCUUCUCGGUCCACCCCCUGAGCCGCGGCCACACUGAAGCCAUGGACCUGGGGAAGAAGCCUGAGUGGUACCACCGACGGCUGCCGAGCUGCAGCCCCGAGAUCAGCUCCCCGUACAGAUCCAGAGCCUCGUCCUCCUACAACUCUCAGCCCGGUCUCCACUGCAGAAACAUGGAGCAGGGCCCCGAGGCGUUGAGUAACUAUAUGAACUCAACACUAGCUCCUGGGCUGUACCCUAACGGCAACCUGUGGCAUGCAGGUCUCUCAGUUCCUGAAAGCAGCGGCGGAGAGGAGAGCGACAGCGGCUCUGAUGUUAUUUUCCUCGUUUCGUCCGCUAAGGAGCCGCUCUUAUGCAGCUCGUUCCUCCAGGACAGCAUGACGCACAUCGUGGACCCUCUGUCCCCGGCGGUGUCCUUGCUGGAAGAAGAGCGAGGCUGCUAUCACCUACCUCAGCCUCUGAGCUCGCCCAGUCCCGACAGCUCGGACUCAGAGGAGUCCUCAGACAGCUCCGUGGACAUCCCGAUACAUCACGCCCGGCCCGUCGUGCUCCUGUCAGACCUGAACCCUGCUGAAUCCCUGGUAGAUAUUUCAAGCGACGACAGUGACAUCAUUGAAGUUUCUGUCACUAGCAAAAACAAGAAAACUGUUUCUUGUAAGACAGCGAGAGAAACUCCUCCUCAGAGUGAGGAUGAAAAAGCUCAGCCUAGAAGAAUCCGACGCAGCACUAGAAUCAGGAAAUCUGUGUCUGAAAUAUCUCAAUACAUCUGCAGCGAGUCGCCACGCAGCUUGUCCAGGUACAGUUUGAGGAGGCAAGCUAAAAAUGACGUGGUGGGCAUUUAUAACGAAAGCUGUGACUCUGACGACAUGAUGGAGUACGAGGCAAGGUUUUCCAGCUCGGACACAGAGGAGUCGGCCUUGCAAGAAAAUGUGUCCCAAAGAGUGAGCAGCAGCUCAGAGGAGUCUCAUGCGGCCUCUCAGACAGACAGGAAGUCACCGCAGAGGGAGCAGCAGCCUCGCUGCAAAGCCAUCAAUUGUAAACGAAAGAAGCCUCCCGCCAUUUGUAAAACAAAAAAAACAAGAACUAAACAGACACAAAAAAGCACAAGUGCUACAGAGCAGCAUGAAAGUAAACAAAUCAAACAAACAGUGGCACGACGGAAGAAAAAAGUGCGCUCGCGGCCAACUGGACCUUGUUCUCUCUUUUCUCCCAGAGAGACAGAAAUAAAGCUCAAAUAUGCAAACUUAAAAGAGAAAAAACUGAAAAAGCCUUCGGGGAAUUUUUGCCCCUUUGUUCACGUGCAGAAGAGGGCGUGCACUGUUGUUAACUAUCCAGAAGAGGAGACUACAGUGAGGAGGGGGCAGCAGCAGAAAGCCUCCUCUCUGUCCGGGUUUGUUCCCCACACUUCCUGUUUCCAGCUGGGGCGCUCUGGCUCAGAGAGCGGGGGUGAGGCAGCUCUACUUUGCUGCCUGUGCGGUCAGACGGCCAACGCCACGGGCCUGGGGGACCUACACGGCCCGUAUCACCCCACCGGCCCCUCUCUGCUGUGCAAGACUGAGCAGAAAGAGGAGGGACAAUCAAACACCAGCAGAAGCUCAGUAAACUCCUCAGAUAAUGACUGCCAUGGCGUCAAAAGUCUGCUUGAGGGUGACAACCACUCUCUCCCAAAGGAGCCUCUCCGUGUGGACGAGGGCUGGAUCCACGGGGACUGUGGCAUCUGGUCCACCGGGGUCUUCCUGGUGGGGGGGAAGCUGUACGGGCUGGAGGAGGCUGCCCAGCUCGCACAGGAAACAAAAUGUUCAGCGUGCCAACAAACGGGUGCAAUUAUGGGAUGUUUCCAGAAGGGCUGUCAUAGAAGUUAUCACUACUCAUGUGCCAUUCAAUCAGGCUGUGUCUUAAACGAGGAUAACUUCUCUAUUAGAUGUCCAGAGCACAAAAAGAAACCGUUAACAUGUGUCAACAAACAACACAAGAGAUGACGUGAAUACAUUUUCAGGCACUGGAGAAUGAUCCGCAGAUCUCCUCAGGGUGCGACGUGAUCGACAUGACUUCACCUCGUCUGUUUUAUAACAUAAAUUAACGUGAGUGUGUUUAUUGAGACCGGGGGCCAUGUUCGGAUUUCUUUUUUAUGGGAUGUUUCUAUAAUUUGUUCUGUCUCUUUGACAUGGACAGUUACACCAACUGGACACAAAUAGAGUGUGUGAAUGGAUAUUUAUUUCUCAUCACAUAAACAAAUAAUAAUGAUAUGUAUUAGAGUUUAAGUGAGUUUUAUUUAUUUGUUGUAUAUAUCAUAAUAUCUUUAUAUAAGGCCACUCCUUUUCUUUCUACAGUUUUUGUACUACUUUUUCAUUCCUGUCCGUGCUUCACGCAACAAAACUCUAUUUAUUUUCAUCAAGCUGCAUGCACACUUGAUGUUUGCUACAAUGGACUUCAUAGUUUAAUUAUAUUUCAUCUGUUUUUAUUUAAAUCUCUUUGUAGACUUUUAGCUUAUAUGUUCUAAAUUAAAUGAAAAGCUGCACUAAGAAAGAUUUAUAUUUAAAAUGAUGGAAUUCCUCCUUAAAUCUCGAGAAAGGCAUCCUUUCCCCUCUACAAACAUUACGUUUGGUACAAUUCUUCACUUGUUUUUUUUAGAAGUUAAAGGGUCAGUUCAAAGAAAUCACAAAACAGUUAAAUAUAACUUACUCCAAAGUGGUCUAAAAAUAAUAAUUGGUAUCAGAGCUGAAACGAAAAGUUUAAAGAAAAUAAUAAUGAUCAUAAAAAUAAUA